UUGUGGUAAAAUGGCAGAAGUCAGAGUUGCAGUGGAUUCAGAUGAGUUCAGCUGUGCAGUCUGUCUAGAUCUACUGAAGGACCCAGUGACUAUUCCCUGUGGACACAGUUACUGUAUGAGCUGCAUUAAGAGCUGCUGGGAUCAAAAGGAUCAUCUUGGAGUUUACAGCUGCCCCCAGUGCAGACAGACCUUCACGCACAGACCUGUUCUGAGCAGAAACACCAUACUGGCUGAGGUGGUGGAGAAACUGAAGAAAACUGGAAUACAAGCAACUACUCCUGCUGACCAGUAUUCUGGAGAUGUAGAGUGUGAUGUCUGUACUGGGACAAAACACAAAGCUGUCAAGUCCUGCCUGGUGUGUCUGGCCUCCUACUGUGAAACUGACCUGCAGCUUCACAAUAAACUCCAUCACGCAAAACAACACAAGCUCAUUGAUGCCACCAGUCAUCUGAAGGACAAGGUCUGUUCCCACCAUGACAAACCCCUGGAGAUCUACUGCCGUACCGACCAGAAGUGUAUCUGUUAUCCCUGUAUGAUGGAUGAACACAGAGGCCAUGAUACAGUCUCAGCUGCUGCAGGAAGAGUGGAGAAACAGAAACAAAUGGGUGAGUCACAGAGGGAUUUUCAGCAGAGAAUUCAGAUGAGAGAGAAGGAGCUGCAGGAGCUGAGAGAGGCUGUGGGCUCAUUCACAAGCUCAGCACAGUCAACAGUGGAGGACAGCGAGAGGAUCUUCACUGAGAUGAUCCGCUCCAUUGAGAGAAGACGCUCUGAGGUGACAAAGCUGAUCAGAGACCAGGAGAAGGCUGCAGUGAGUCAGGCUGAAGGAGACAUGGAGAGACUGAAGCAGGAGAUCGAUGAACUAAAGAGGAGGCACUCUGAGCUGGUGCAGCUUUCGCACACAAAGGAUCACAUCCAUUACCUCCAGUUACUAAAGACACUGUCGUACCGGUAUUAGUGCCCAGGCCCAGAGCAGAAUUCUUACACUACUCCUGCCAGCUGACUCUGGACCCCAACACAGCAAACAGAUACCUGUCUCUCUUAGGGGGGUACAGGAAGGUGACAGGGGGGGCAAAGCAUCCAUAUUCUGAUCAUCCAGAGAGAUUUGAUGGCUGG